GGGGGCUGGAGCUGGAAGCGCCGACGUCGGCUCCUGCGCCGGGCAAAGCCUCGCUCCUCAUUGGCUGGUUCUUGGGGACCGCCCUCCCCCUCUUGCCACCCCUGGGUUCCCUCCCGGGUCCGCAGUAGGAACACUGCUCUCUCGCAUCUUGACCCCUGGGCCUUUUUCCUUUCCCUCCCGCCGCCGCCGUCGCUUCCGACGCCCCUGCUCCCGAAGGAGCUCCCGGUUCGGUGAUGGGGUCUCGGGCUUCCACGUUACUGCGGGACGAAGAGCUCGAGGAGAUCAAGAAGGAGACCGGCUUUUCCCACAGUCAGAUCACCCGCCUCUACAGCCGGUUCACCAGCCUGGACAAAGGAGAGAACGGGACUCUCAGCCGAGAAGAUUUCCAGCGAAUUCCAGAACUUGCCAUCAACCCAUUGGGGGACCGGAUUAUCAAUGCCUUCUUUCCAGAGGGAGAGGACCAGGUAAACUUCCGUGGAUUCAUGAGAACUUUGGCUCAUUUUCGACCUAUUGAGGAUAACGAAAAGAGCAAAGAUGUGAAUGGACCAGAACCACUCAAUAGCCGAAGCAACAAACUGCACUUUGCUUUUCGACUCUAUGACUUGGAUAAAGAUGACAAGAUUUCCCGUGAUGAGCUGUUACAGGUGCUACGCAUGAUGGUUGGAGUAAAUAUCUCAGAUGAGCAGCUGGGCAGCAUUGCAGACAGGACCAUCCAGGAGGCUGAUCAGGAUGGGGACAGUGCCAUAUCUUUCACAGAAUUUGUUAAGGUUUUGGAGAAGGUGGACGUAGAACAGAAAAUGAGCAUCCGAUUUCUUCACUGAAGGACUGAGACCAGACUGUUGCCUGCUUUCUAGUAUUUACGAACUGGAACUUGAGAGUCCUCCUGUCCACCAGCCCCACCUCCACCCCAUCAUUCCCCUUCUCCCAAAGUACUACUGCUGUUGCAUGACAACCCCAAAUAUGUUCUGUCAACGUAAACUUGCCUUUGGUGUAUAAACAGGGCAUUACAGAAUGGUACCCCAGUCUAUUUCUGUUCAGUAUCAUUCACCAGUUAUCUCCAUUUCUAAAUAUCAUCUCCCCUGGUUCGCUGCUGAAGGCCACAUGUCCAUCCCGUCUGAAACAGUGAGAGGCAAUCCAUGCCAAGAACCAACCAGCAAAGCUCUUUCACUGGAUGUAGAAGACAGCCUUGCUGCCUUCCCUCCAGCCAGGCUUCGGCAUGCUCCUUCGUCCUUUUUUUAUAUGUCCUUUCCUUCCUACUUCUCUGUCACUUAGUUCUUCAGUCUCCCUGCUCUUCAUUAAGCUUCAGCCCCUCUCUUCUACUUGGCCCCCCAAGCUAUGCCUGUUAAGCGUAUUUCUGACUUGGCAGGAUAGUGGGCGGGCUGGCGGUUUUUGUCUACCUUUAUUCUUAAAUGGGUCUCUGGGAUGUUGCCUCUACAGGAGAUUUUCCAUAACCAACACUUCUCUCAAAAGAAUGGUCAUCUCUUGGUCCCCUGCACUCUGCUCUGUCAUCAAAGGGCUGUUGGUUAGAUGUUCUUGGUGAAAGGUGGCGGCCUUGGUGAGAGGUGUAGAGCCAAGGCUUCCACGUGGCUUGCCCAGGUCGCUCUACCUCUGGCCUCUGAUUCUCAACUCACAUAACUACGUAGCUACUCUUGUUAGUACAGUGUUGACUCUUCCGAAAAGAGCCAUAUGCCGGCAGGUUUGCUUAGUUUUCGGAAACCAUCACCACCACAAUGGCUGCCCUGACAUUGUGCUUGGGGCCUUUCUCAUGGCUUUUUGGUCAAGGAGCCCGGGCACUCUGAAAGCCUGGUGUAUCCCCAAACUUAUGCAGCAUGGCUUAUGCCUCAGUGUUACGUGCCCUAGAAUGUGUUUCACGUCACAUUUCCCAAUUGGAUGAGCAGUGUUAACGGAAGUGCCUAACUUAUCCCAGUCUGAGAGAUUUAAAGAUUGUCCUCAGUGUCUUGAAGUUUUGCACAAAAUUCUCAACGAAUUUUACACUUGGCAAAUGUUAGUGCUGGAAGCCAUAGUCCACUCCUAGAAGAGGUCCCGAGCAUUGAAUGUAUUAUUAUCAUAAGCUGCCUGGUUACAUUGACUUCCCAGCUCCUCUUGCAAACCACUACUCAUCUCUUAGAAACAAGGAGUCUGGCACCAGUGGCACAAACUGAGGUGACACUUACAGGCCUUUGCAUGAGCCAGAGCAACUUCUCUGCCUAUACAGCUUAGUAUAGACCUCAGUGAAUCAGGCUGUUGUCCUCCUGUCUUUAUGAGUCUCUUUGUCUAUAUAUCUGCCCUUGGCUGAUUUUCUCUGACUCCUUGCUUGCUCGCUUGGUUGUUUCCUUGCUUUGGAAGGCCUUGUUUCCUUGCUUUGGAAUACUUUUGGCAGGGAAUUGCUUAAAAACAAAAACAAGAUGCUGCAAAGGGAUUGGGAAGAGUGGGAAACAGGAGUGGCCAGGCCAGAUGACUCAAGUAUAAAUGACUGAGGAAUUCUGGAUGAAGUAUCAGUCUGACUUUGUGAUCAAGUGAUGUAAUAUAGGGAAUGGAUAAAAGGGAAGAAUUUUCUGACACUCGUCUGUUAGAGAGGUACUUCAGAGGCUCCUUGACUUCCAUAUGUAAAGUUCCUAAGAUAUGGCUUUUUCCUCCUUUUGGCUGUAUAGCAAACUGUUUUAAUCCACGGUUGUGCCUUAUUGUUCCAUUAAAAUUGUAUUCUUUGAUCCAUCAAUAAAUACUUGUGGUUAAAACAAAAUAACUUGGGUCAGUUUUGUCUUAAGUUUUUUUUUAAAGAUUUUAUUUAUUUAUUUGACAGAGACAGUGAGAGAGAGAACACAAGUAGGGGGAGUGGGAGAGAGAGAAGCAGGCUUCCCACGUAGCAGGGAGCCUGAUGCAGGGCUCAGCCGAUCCCGGAAUCAUGACCUGAGCCCAAGGCAGAUGCUUAACGACUGAGCUACCCAGGCGCCCGUUGUCUGUUUUUUAAGAAUUUUAUAAAGCUCAGUCCCCUCCUUCAAGUUUGAAAUCCCAAACCAUGUUUCCCUUACUCAGGUUUAUGUCUGGGCUGUCAAAUGCAUGUUUGCUCUGCUGCUGCCUGUACCUGUGAUGUGGGGGUAUUCAUCUAGGGGCCAGCACUGAGUGCCCCUGGGCACAGGUUUCUUACCUUGGCCACUUCCCGCUCACUCCAGGUAGGAUUCCAUUUCUGUUCUUGACUCCCUGGCUUUUUAAAUGUAGAAAAGGCCUAAAAAUGGGGUAUGUGUUUAUUGCUCGUUAUUAAGUCAUCCACCCCCUCAAGCAUGUGCAGCCUCAAUGACUCAUUAUACCCACCUAUCAUUACAUGGCUUUUCACAUCUUCAAGACUCAGUGACCUGGGGAGUCUUGAUCUCAGCUUGGGUCUUGAUCUCAGGGUCAUGAGUUUGAGCUCCACAGUGGGCUCCAUGCUGUGUGUGGAGUCUACUUAAGGAAAAAAAAAAAAAAGACUCCAUGACUACUUCAUCUGUAAGGUGCAAAUAUCUCUCUUUAGGUUUAGGGGCAUGCCACUGGACUCAAAGCAGUAAUAAUAGCUGGAAUCAGCUAUACAAAUUCUAACGCGAUACCCUCUUCUUUUCCCAUCCAUCUGCCUGAAAAGUCCAUUCCAAAUGACUUGCUAUGGUGUUUAAGCUUUGUUUCACUUUGAGUCUGUUAGGAUUCAGUGAAAGUGGCAACUAGAUGAAGGACCAAGCAGUCCAUUUUGGGAAAAACUGAAUGUAACUGGCCAUGGCCAAAGGAACAGCAGUCUUGUGACUAAAGUAGAGCAUAAUCAAUACUGUAAAAAUGUUAUAAACAUACUACAGCAUUAAAUACAAUUUGAGGAAAAUCCCCUUAACCAACUUGAUUUCUCUUGUUCCUUUCUGGUCUAUCCAUGCAUUACAUAUUUGAACAUAAAUGGAACAUAACACAAGAUUAUAUCAGCUUUAAAAAAUUAAUGUAUUAGCAGAGAAAGUCAAUUAUCAUAUGGUUUCACUUAUUUGUGGAACAUAAGGAAUAGCAUGGAGGACAUUAGGAGAAGGACGGGGAAAAUGAAGGGGGGGAAAUCAGAGGGGGAGACGAACCAUGAGAGACUAUGGACUCCGAGUAACAAACAGGGUUUUAGAGGUGAGGAGAGAGGGGGAUGGGUUAGCCCGGUGAUGGGUAUUAAGGAGGGCACGUUCUGCAAGGAGCACUGGGUGUUAUAUGCAAACAAUGAAUCAUGGAAGACUACAUCAAAAACUAAUGAUGUAGGGCGCCUGGGUGGCUCAGUCGUUAAGCGUCUGCCUUCGACUCAGGUCAUGGUCCCGGGGUCCUGGGAUCGAGUCCCAUAUCGGGCUCCCUGCUCCGUGGGAAGCCUGCUUCUCCCUCUCCUACUCCCCCUGCUUGUGUUCCUGCUCUCACUGUGUUUCUCUCUGUCAAAUAAAUAAAUAAAAUCUUUAAAAAAAAAAAAAAACUAAUGAUGUACUGUAUGGUGACUAACAUAACAUAAUAAAAAAAUAACAAAAAUUAAUGUAUUCCCUAUGUUACCUGUUCUUCCUAGCUUAUAUUAAUGGUUACAUUUUACAGACUUGAUAUAGUAUUUAAUUAUUACCUUGUUUAUUGUUUCCAAUUUUAUCUGUUCUAAUGAUACAAUGAAUACCUUUCUCCACAUAGCUCUUUUCUUUGAAAAGAUUUUACAGGAGUGGGAUUACUAGGUCAAGGUUUGGACAUGUACUUAAAGCUUUUGAUAUGUCUCCAAAGAAAUGAAUGCCAAACUGCCACAAGUAAUUGAAUUACUUUCUUUUACCUUCAUUCUUCUUUUCAGAAUAGUCUUUACUGUCAUCUAUUUUUUUCAAAUUGCUUUUAGAAUCAUGUUAUCAAAUUCUGUUUUUAAAAUACUAGAAUAUGGGGCACCUGGGUGGCUCAGUCGGUUAAGUAACCCACUCUUGAUUUUGGCUCAGGUCAUGAUCUUAGGGUCGUGAGAUCAAAUCCUGUGUCAUUCUCCACACUCAGUGGGGAGUCUGAGAUUCUCUCUCUCCUAAUCUCUCUAUCCCUCCCCCACUCUCUCGUGCUCUCUCUCUAAAAUAAAUCUUUAAAAAUAAAAUACUAGAAUAGAUUGUGUUGAUUAGGAUUUAGAGCAAACAUUCAUUGCAGAGAUGCCUCAGAGAGGACUAUCUUUACAAACUGGGUUUCUUAUACUAUAAACCAGGUAUUUAUCCUGUUUCCCAAACACUGAGAGCAGAACUGCUUGGAAGGAAGUCAUUACUGGACUGAAAUUCCCUAAAUUCACAUUUUUAAAAAAAAGAUUUUAUUUAUUUAUUCAUGAAAGACGAGAGAGAGGGAGAGGCAGAGGGAGAAACAGGCUCCCAACGAGCAGGGAUCCCUAUGUGGGACUCGAUCCCAGCACCCUGGGGUCACGACCUGAGCCGAAGGCAGACACUUAACCAUCUGAGCCACCCAGGGGCCCCUAAAUUCACAUUUGACUGAGCUUUGAGUCAACAAACGAUUCAAACUAAAGAUGGCUGGUAUUUUCUAAUACAGAUCUGUGAUCUGUUUAACAUCUAGCUUAGUAGAAACUUCAGUUUAGAGAUUCUUUUCCUCUACACCAAGGAGUGAUGGGAGAUUUACCUGUAAGUUUGUGAGGUACUGCAGGCAGUUUCUUCCCAGCUCUGGGAUGGAGCAGACUGCAAUGAGGAGCCUCAUGUCUUUUAAGAUGGAGUAAGCAACUAAGCUGACAUCUUAACCCAAGGUAGAAGCUGAUCAAAGAUUUGGUCUUGAGAUGCCAAGACUCAGUUUUCUUCUCUAUUCUCUUCAGUCUUCUAAGCACUAGAUUCUGACCUCUUCUCAAAACUAGAAAGACUUUGGUGACAUGGUCUUGACACUUCCCACCACCCUUUGCAGUCUUAAAUUAUUUAAGAACUGAACCAGGUAGGUGAAUUGUUAUAUCCUAUACCUGAAUGUGGUUGCAGAAAUAAGAAUUAAUCAAAUAAGUUCUCUUGGCUGCUAUAAUAGAUAUCAAGCACCAUUAAACAGAUUUUUAGUGUUUUAUUCUGAAAAUCUUACUCCCUAAAAAACACACACAAUUACUUUUUUUUUUUAAGAUUUUAUUUUUAAGUAAUCUCUACACCCAACAUGGGGCUUGAACCCAAAACCCCCCGAGAUCAAGAGUUACAUGCUCUACCAAUGAGCCAGCCAGGACAGCCUCUUCAGAAACAGGUUUUAUUUUGCGUGUGUGUGUGUGUGUUUUAAGGUGGGGGUAGGGGUAGAGGGGGAGGGAGAGAAUCUUAAGCCAGACCCCACACCCAGUGUGGAGCCCAGUGUGGGAUGCAAUAUCACAAUGGUGAGAUCAUGACCUGAGUUGAAAUCAAGAGUCAGACACUUAACCAACUGAACCACCCAGGCACCCCAGAAUUUUUUUUUAAUUAAAUUGAUUUUUUUAAAAAGUUUUAAGUAAUCUCUCUCUCCAAUGUGGGGCUUGAACUCACAACCCCAAGAUCCAAGAAUCUCAUACUCCCAUCAACUGAGCCAGCCAGGCACUCCUAAGGAAGAAUUUCUUAUUAUUCAAAUGAGGAACAGGAUAUUGCCAAAACUAGUGCAUUCCCUAGCCCUUAGUUGCUAGAAUUGCUUAAGCGAAAUCUUGAAUGACCAUUUUUGUCAGGAAUCUUGCAGAAUUCCCAAAUUACAACAGAGGUUUACCUAGAUGAUCUAGAAUUGCUGCCUAUUGGUUCAUAACAUAAUAACUAGGUUCUCCCUGUAUAUAUAACACUAUUUUACAAAAAUACUUUUAGGGGCGCCUGGGUGGCUCAAUCGUUAAGCGUCUGCCUUUGGCUCAGGUCAAGGCCCCAGGGUCCUGGGAUCGAGCCCCACAUUGGGCUCCCUGCUCAGCAGGAAGCCUGUUUUUCCCUCUCCCGCUCCCCCUGCUUGUGUUCCCUCUCUUGCAGUGUCUCUGUCAAAUAAAUAAAAUCUUAAAAAUGUAUAUUUUUAUUGUGGGGGGCGCCUGGGUGGCUCAGUCAGUUCAGCGUCUGUUUUCGGCUCAGGUCAUGAUCUCAGGGUCCUGGGAUCGAGCCCCACGUCUGCUCAGCGGGAGCCUGCUUCUCCCUCUCCUUCUGCCUGUUGCUCCCCCUGCUUGUGUGCUCGCUCUCUCUCUCUGUCAAACAAGCAAAUAAAUAAAAUCUUUAAAAAAUAUUUUUUUAUUUUUUGUUUUUGUGUGUGCAUGUAUUUGUUUUGUAUUUGUUUUUGUUUUUAGGAACACACAGGUACAUCUGCAAACUUUUUUAACAUGAAGGGCAUGAUUGUUAAGGAGGAGGAAAUAAAUGAGAGAUAAAUGAGAAACAGUCUGUAUUAUCCCAGUUGACACUGUUUUAUGGUUUUGUUUUUGGUUCUUUCCUAGUUGCCUGUGCCCUAGGAAGAAAAACAUCUAUAAUGGGAAGUUAUUUUUAGCUAGUGUUGGACUGAUCUAUCAGAAUGUAUGGCUGGAGCUGAGUCCUAGAGAUAGAGCCUCUGCUAUGCUAGGCAGUAAACCCUUCAGUUGCUGGAUAGGGGAUAAGUAUGGGCGGGGGGGUCCUGAGUAUAAGAGGAGGCAGAGAAGGGAACCUUGGGUCUGGGGAAAUGGGAAAUGCGAAGUGUGUAAGUAUUUUAAUAUUUUAAUAACUGAACUAAAUAUCAGUUGACCCUGCCAAUAUCCUGGAUUGAAGACACUCUCCUUUUCCCAUUGAAUUAUCUUGGCAUCUUGGUCAAAAAUUGGUCCUAAAUGUAAGGGUUUGUUUCUGGACUCUCAAUUCUGUUUUGCUGAUUCUAUAUGCCUAUCCUCGUGAAUACUACACUGUCUCAAUUACUGUAGCUUUGUAGUCAGUUAUGAAUCGGGUAGUGUAAUUCAGACUUUUUUUCCCCAAAAUUGGCUUAGCUAUUCUGUGUCCUUUGUAUUUCCUUAUACAUUUCAGGAUCGGCUUGUCAAUUUCUACCACAUAUGUACUAGGAUUUUGUUAGGCAUUGCAUUGACUCUAAUCAAUUUGAGAAUUGCCAUCUUAAUAUUGAGUCUAACAAACCAUGAACAUGGAAAGUCUCUACUUUAGAUCUUCAUUUCUCUCAGUAUGUUUUAUAUUUUUGGUGUAUAAAUCUUGGAUUUGUUUUAUUAAACUUUUUCCUAAGUAUUUUAUUCUUUUUGAUGCUACUAUGAAUGCAGUUGUUAAUUUCAUUUUUUAUAUUAGUGUAGAGAAAUAGUUGAUUUUUGUAUACUUAUCUUGUAUUCUGCAGCCUCACUAAACAUAAAAAUUCCAGUACUUUUGUUUUUGCUCUGUGCGUGCUCCUUACGAUUUUCAACAGAGGAUCGCGUCACCUGCAAAUAAAGGCAGUUUUGUUUCUUCCAAUCUGGAUGCCUUUUGUUUGCCUUUUUGCACUGACUACACCCUCCAGGACAAUGUUGAAUAGAGGUGAAGAGAGCCUGUGUCCUUGCUUGGUUUCUGAUCUUAAAGGGAAAGUAUGAAGGCUCACCAUUAAGUAUGAUUUUUUUUUUUUAAGUAGGUUCCAUGCCCAAAGUGGGACUUGAAUCACGACCCUGAGAUAAAGAGUAGUAUGUAUGCUCUUCUGACUGAGCAAGGCAGGCUCCCCCAUUUUAAGUGAAGGUUUUCCCUUAGUUGCCCUUUAUCAUUAGCUUCUGUAAAAAUAAAACUCCUUAGCUUCAUCCGAGGACUUUGGGAAUUGGAUCUCAGGGAGGUGCAGCAUUAGGAAUCCAUAUUCCUAGGAAGCAGCCCAUUUGAGAGCCUUACUGGUGUUUGAGGACCUACAUCUCAUACCUGGGAGCCACCAUUGGCACCGUGUAAUGGCAACUUCUAAUUACUCUACUUGCCUCUCCUGGAACAAUCCCUUUAUUUAUUUUUUUUUAAAAGAUUUUAUUUAUUUGACAGAUAGAGCCAGAGAGCACAAGUGGAGAGAACGGCAGAGGGAGAGGGAGAAGCAGGCUCCCCACUUGAGCAGGGAGCCUGAUGCGGGGCUCGAUUCCAGGAUCCCGGGAUCAUGACCCGAGCCGAAGGCAGACGCUUAACCAACUGAGCCACCCAGGCUUCCUGGUUUUUAGUUUCUUCAUCUGUAAUAUGACCCAGUUGGAUUAGGUAAGCUCUGUGAUCCCUUCCAACUCUGAAUAUGUGAGCAUACACUGUUUGAAAAUACUCUGGCAUUUCUUUUUUUUUUUUUUUUUUUAAGAUUUUAUUUAUUUAUUCAUGAGAGACAGAGAGAGAGAGCGAAAGCAGGAACACAAGCAGGGGGAGUGGGAGAGGGAGAAGCAGGCUCCCAAGGAGCAGGGAGCCCGAUGUGGGACUCGAUCCCAGGACCCUGAGAUCAUGACCUGAGCCGAAGGCAGACGCUUAACCAUCUGAGCCACCCAGGCGCCCCUGAAACAAUCCCUUUAGACAGGAUCCCAAGAGCCCUACAGCUGAGUGUAGGAAGCAACAAAAUUGUCAGUUAUAACGGUCUGACAUUUUCCAGAAGAAUCCUUAAACGAAAGAAACGAAUUUGCUCUCCUGUAUUGACCAGAGCUGGAAACGGCGGUCUGACGUUUGGGCCCCUUACGAAUGGAAACGAGUCAGAGAGAAUGAGAUACAAAUUGGAGCUAUUAAAUUGUCUGCCUAGGUGUGGUAUUGUCCGGGGUUAAAAGCUCCCGGUCCGAGAAUGAAAUUAUCAGCAGUAUAGUUGAACCUAACGGUGUCUUAUAAAACUGUCAUGCGGCCUAGCCAGACUACCUUUCCACGAAGUGACACAGGUUCUACGGGAAAUAAUUUUACAUUCCUAACAAGUGAAUUACAAAAACGUUUUCCCCCCGUUACCUCAACCCUGGGACCCAAUCCCACAAAAAAAAGAUCGAAAAGAGUGGGGUCAGCACUAUUGACGGACGUACAUUCCGACCAGCCGACAGCGGGAAGACAAUGCGCUUGCGCAAGUCGUUAACCAGUCAGGACGCCGCGGCAGAAGCGGAGGCGGGGCUUGUGGAAACGGCCGCCGCAGGGUUGGCGGACUUGGGAAGGAGCGAAGAUGGCGGAGUGAGGCGUGCGGGUGGGAGCCGGCCGUUGGGCCGGGGGCGGGAAGGCCCCCGGAGUGUCCAGUGCUUCUCCUGGUCGGUGCGAGGAAGAACAUUUUCUUUGGCUUCCAGGUGCUUUUAUAUUCAUCUUGAGAAGAAAGCAAAAAUCAGAACUCAGGAUUUGGCAAAGAGAGAUACAGCGAGAGAGGGAACACAAGCAGGGGGAGCGGAAAGGGGAGAAGCAGGCUUCCCGCGGAGCAGGGAGCCCGAUGUGGGGCUCGAUCCCAGGACCCUGGGAUCAUGACCUGAGCUGAAGGCAGACGCUUAAUGACUGAGCCACCCAGGCGCCCCAUGAGAUCUUUCUUUUUUAAUUUUCAGAUCUACAAUACAGUGAUUCAGCAAUUCCAUACCUCACCCAGUGCUCAUCACAGCAGAUGUCCUCCUUAAUCCCCAUCACCUAUUUCACCCAUCCUGCCACCCACCUCCCCUCUGGUAUUCUGUGUUGUCUCCUGGAGUAGGUAGUCUUUUUAUCCAGCCACUUUCCCUAUUCCUGAAAUGUGGAUAUCUCUUCUCUACAUAUUUUACCUCCAUGAUUUGGAUCGGAAAAGGCUGCUUUUCUUUUUGUUCCACUUCUCAGAUUCAACAUUAAGAAGCUCCUAGGAUGCAGUUGUCUUGCCAACUUCUCCAGGAAGAAAGAAGCAACUGACAUGCAUGUUCUGCUUUUUGCUUAAUUAUAAAGAAGUUAUUUUGGAAGCUGAGGCUGAUGUUUAAUUUGAAACAGGUGCUUAGAUGUUGGUGUUUGUGAAUUCUUUACCUUUUGUUUCAAACAAGAAGACUAAAUAAAUAGCAAGUAUGGAUGACAUCAGGUUUUUUUUUUUUAAUGUCUUCCAGUUUCAGCCACUGUCAUAAGCACAGUUGAAUCUGCAAGGAGUAAAUUCCAAAUAUGUGUUCUAAUAUGAAAUGAAAGAUAUGCUUAAAAACUACAGAUAUUAAAUAUCUAAAUCCUGACUCAUCCUUUGAAGUACAUUUGCUGGAAAAGAACAAAGAUCCAAUUUUGCAAUAGAACCUUUGAUGUGAUAAAGAAGCAUGAAGACAAGAGGAUGCAAGGUUAACAGAGUCUCUGUAAAAUACACAUCUUUAUAUGUGUAAAUCUACAGUUUGGAUGUGAAGAGGGAUUUUUCUCCUAGAGCAGGAAGCUUUUGUUGACUUCUGUCUCAGAAGUCUUUGGACAUUUCGUAUUUUUUAAUGAUUUUUCAUUUUUCUAAGGAAAGACCACAUUGUACAUUUGCUAACCCUAUGAAUGCAUGCUUGAGUUUACUGAAAGGUUGGAAAAGGAAACAAAACAGCUUCAAGUCCACUGGUGGAACCCUUUUCACCUUCCUCAGAUGAGAGGCUCCUGUAUUGCAAAUUACUUCAUUCUUUUUUGUAGACUCUUAACAUAGCACUUGAGACUUGGUUUUCCAUGCUGCUAAGGCAGGAACAAGUGGCUUAAGUGGUUUUUCUGUUCAGAAGAUAUGGCAGAUCCUCUAGUAUGACCUGCCUUCAACUUUGGGCAUGAAGGAAUGGGGAAAACAAAAGAGUUUGCAGAUAAUUCCUUUCUCCUGCGAAAAGGAAGCAAAAAUGCUUUAUGCAGCUCCAUCUAACUUUAUGGCAUCUUACAUUCUGUAGCUCCAGUUUUCUAAAAACAUAAAUAACUUUGUUCCUUUGAUCCAAGAUGGGUAUUCAGAUGUUUGGUUUAUUUUUUUAGGUGAGGUGUAAUGUUAGGCUGUAAAGGCUGGGACUCAGGUAACUUUCCCUGGUUGUAACCAAACACUUCAGUAGCAAUGUUCCCAAAUUUGUGGUUGAUUUAGAAGAAAUUUGGGGUCUGGAAAAAAACUCAAGAAAAAUAGUUCAACAAAAAUAUGGAUCUUUCUUCUUCUCCUUAAAACUUACACCAUGUGAUGAACAGAUUAUAAUGUAAAGCUAUUCUUGCUUCCAAAUCUACAGAGGACCACUGUAUGAAUUGUCAGGUCUUUAUAUACGAAGAAGGAAGCUAUGAGUCUUUGUGAGAAAGAAUUUGAAACUUCUUAGAUGCAAUUAAGAACAAAUUGUCUUAGAUCAUAUCUGUGAUUUAGGGAAUUUGCCUAGGGUCAUACAUGCUGUGAUGCUAAAAACUUAGGGCAGAUUUACCAAAAUUUAGCAGUGAGAGAAAUGGCCAAAAAUGGGAAUUGUUGAGCACUCUUAACGAUUAGUUAAAUUGGUCAACCUCUUUGAAUUGACAUAAGAAAGCUUUUUAGUAAAAUAAUUCCAUAAUAUAGAUAAAAUAUAAUUUCCUUUGAGGGCAAAUACUGAGUGGUAAAUCAUAGAAGUAACUUUGGAUAAAGGUAACUUAAAUGUUUCUCUAAGUAACUUCUCAGCCAACUUCCUGAUAUUUUCUUUAACUAUUUUGGAAUUGUUAAAGACAGAACUGAGUUCCAUUGGUAUGUUGAGAAUUGAUAUCUUUAGUUGUCUGUUAUCCAUCUUCCCCAUGUCCUUUUUGCAGUGUUUUGGGUAGGACCAUUUGGCAGGGGAUAGGGACUUUAUACCAUCAGCACCAGUGAAACCAUCUCUGGCCCAUUUGUUUGAGUAUGUAUCAGACUCAUCUUCUCCAGUUGCUUUGUAUUUAUUUCAUAGCUAAAGGAACCACUGUUGAAUGCUCUCGUUCAAGUUGUUCUUUGAAUCUUUAAUGGUUGUCACCAGAUAGUAUCUAACAAAAUGGGUCUUUGUCAGUGUACUAGCCCAGUGUUUGCUUAAUUAUGCCUACAUUUUCCCCCCUGGGCUAUUUUGUCCCCUUCUUAAUGGGAAAAGCUGUAAUUUUAGGCAGGACUACACCUUGAUCAGUAGCUGUGCCUACUUCCUUCUCUGCUCAUCAUGUCAGCUGGCAGUUUUUCUUUUAAAAAGUUAAACAAAAACGGGGUAUGUGCAAUAGAAAUAUAUAUAUAUGUAUAUUUUAAUACUUGUGGACAAAUGUUACAAGUUGUUUAAGAACAACAAAAUCACCAAUGUCUUCCAUUUUGAGAUGUGUAUAGUUUUGUAAGCAUUAGUGCUUGGUAGCAUAUUGUAGUGCCAUGUUAGGGGUUAGUGCAUGAGCCUAGUAAUAAUUUAAACUUCAGGAUGAAUUAUUGAUAAUAACCAGUAGUGUAACAUGAGUGGAAAAUCGAGACCUUUUCUUUUUUCAUAAAUAUCGGAAUCAUGAUAUUCUCCCUGGGGAAAGGAGAUUAAGGCCAAAAACUCAUUUAUGAAUAGAACUGUGGGAUUACAGUGUGAAAUACUGUGUUUGAGGAUAUUUAAGCUUUUUCUGAGGUAGCUGGAAACCAGCUGCCUUUGUGUCUUAUGAAACCUCAAAUCAAAAUGAGGCCCCAUUUCAUGAUUCUGCUUUGUUCUCUUAGUUUGAGAUGAGAUUGUUCUUAUGCUGUUUUCACACAGUGUGUCUUGUAGGUUUAUUAUUUAAUCCACUCCUUUGCAUCAAGAAAUUAUUUUCUUAUUUUGCAUGUCUUACUGAAAUGCUAUGUUAGUCAAGUGCUUUUCUAAUCUGCAGACCAUUUACAUUUCCUGUCUGUGGCAUGCUAAUUGUUAUGGAAGAACACUGGUCAGUAGUUCAGUGUCCUACAUUAAUUUGUCACAGGCUUUUCCUAUUUCACAGUCUGAAUUGCGUGUUGAUGGCAUUCCAGACCUUUUCACAAGAAUUGGAGUGUAGCUAGAUGGAGCCUAAGCAGGUUGCCAUGUAAUAACUAACUCUUUUGCUUGGUUAUAGUAAGCCACCUCAGGCAGCUUUCACUUUUUUCUGCUUGUAAAAAUAAAUGAUUUUGUUCUGAAAGCAUAAGAUAGCUUUCUGUGGAAAAGAAACUCCUACCCCUAAAAGCUGCCUUGAGAACUUGGAAAGGGCAGUUUUUGGAGGUGAUUUUUAAGUCUCAGUAUUAGGAGAGUUCAGGAUUUUUUGACACAGAUUUUACAGUUACCAUGAUAUGUAAUGCAAAAGGAAUGUGGUGUGUCUCCAGUACACAAGCAAGCUUAAACAAAUAGACUCUGUAGCAGCAGAUAUCCAGGGACCCAGGUUUAGAUUCUCAGAGUGUACUUUUUAAAGCAGUUGUACUCUUGGCUCUAGUAGUUUAGUGCCUGGGAGAAUCUAUUUCCAAAAAGCAUUUAAAUAUUUUUAAAAAUACCUCUGAAAAGGUAAUGAAUGAAUGCAAAAUAGCACAGUACAUAGGAAAGGAUAUUUCCUAUUGCAAAAAAUAAAUAAAAGCCAUAAAACGAAUAAUAAUUUUCAAGAGGUAGAAUCUUUGUAGCAAUAACAGUUUUGCAUGUAUAGUAAAUUGUAUUAGCAAAGUUGUACAAUAGAAUAAAUAUUACUACUUGAGUUGGUGAAGCUCUGGUGAUGAACAGAGUUGCACCAAAGGAAGAUGUUUUAGGCAAAGAACAUAUAAAAGGUACUUUAAAAGCUGAAUGUAUAUGAAUAAAUCAUGUGUGAGAAAUAGCAACUUUUGUGUAGGUGUAAAGGUUAGAGACCCUGUUUGUUUCCUAAAGCAGAGGGGUAGAGCCAAUGAAUGAAAUUUUUCUAGUGGUUAACCAGGAAACAAAUGUACUCCUACCGAUGUAGCCCCACUGAAGCCAUCAGGUGGGGAUUUUGCUUCUGAUGUUCUUUUCAGCAACAGGCAUUUAUAGAAUAGGCGACUUUGUGCUCUGUCACCUUUUCUUUUCUCCUUUCAUUCUCUGGGUGCAUUUUAAGAAUGGAAAAGUGUGUGUGUGUGUGUUUGGGUUAAAAACAAACCAAGAACUUGGAUAGCUGGCUUUUCCUUAUGCCUCUGGUUAGUUUAGGGGAGUUAGAAUUUAAAGAUGUAAAGCAAAGGAUUGAAGGGAAUAGCCAAAGACAGCAUGUUGGUUUUAUAAACCUUGUCUGAUGUACAUGUGUUGAGGACUUUGGCAUGUGACUCUUUAAUAAGAGCCCAGCAAACUAGUUUCUUGAUCUGAGGGAUCUCACACCUCACAUCAGGAUAUAAUAGAGGAAUGGAAGCUGACUUCUUACUCCCUUUUACCUUGUGUUCAUUUUGGCCAUUUAGCACCUUGAAGGUCCCUGAAAAGAUUGGGUCUCUGUUCCCUUGUUUUCCCAGGGAAAAAACUAAAAGUGGAGCAGAUUUAAGAAAAUAGUGCCUCUUGAAUAUUUCUUAUAUGGCAACUCCAGAGGAUAGGGAGAAGGCUAUUAUAUUAAAUGGAUUAUAGCUCCUCUUUAAAUGUCCUACGCCGUCAUUUGGUGUUAGAGACAUUGGAAUAACCAAGCAAUAUUUAGUCAUCUGCACAAUCAUGAGGACACCGCUGUGUAUUAUAGUGAUGUCAACAAUUUAGUUACUUAAAGACUAAUAACAGCCACGUUAAUAGUUGUAAAUGCUAAAAUGUGCUACAAGUUUUUGUAGUCUCUACGUAUGCGGUUAUUACUUUUCAAUGUUGUGGUCUCAUGUUUACUCUUUGUGUACCUGUGAUAUGCAAAAUAUGAAGAGACCCUUGGCCUCCAGGAGUUUACAUUCUCAUGGUGCUGCUGGUGCAAGCAAAUUGCUUCUAGUUUAUUCAGAACAUUGCUUGGCUAUUAACCAUACCCUAUUUGGAAGAAUUCCUUGGCUGAUAGUUUUCAACGUACAAAUCUAUGCUGAAUUUCAGGGCAUUGAUUUUGAGUUUACAUUAUAUCAGCUCUGCUGUUCAUAAACUCCUUUUCCCCAGGGGGCUGUGCAGAUAAAGUUCAUUAAUGUGAAUCAAACCAUUCUGCCUAAGAGCAUCUUCACCAUCUCUAUACACGUAUGCUCUUCUAUGCUACCGCUGUCAAUAAAUGGCCAAGAAAACUUAACUGCUCCAAAAGACUGUACAUCUUUCAAUUCUCUUUCUUUUCCCAGAGUUUUCACAUCAUUCUCUACCCAAAAGGGCCAGGAUUCGCAGUUAAGCCUUUUGUAACUAAGUAGUGGUCCUGAUUUUCACCUUUUUGUGUGUGACUUUGUACCUCUAUUCUGAAGCAGCAUUGUGAUGUGGAGCACCUGCCCUGCCUGCAUUUCUAAGCAAUCACUUUAUUAACCCACAUUUUCAGUUGAAACUGCAUGCAUCCUUGUUAUUUCCCCUAAUUCCUCUGAAUCAGGGGGUCUUUUCUGCAUGUUUAUUAAAACUGGGUCUGAAUGAAAGUGCAAGAAAUAGUGGCAGGCCCGGAAUUCUGAUUUUAGAGUACUAAUAUUCUAAUGCAUGAUUGAAAAUGUCCAGUGUUAUGUGGUGGCUAGUAGAUAGAUAUUAUAUAUGCAUUUAUUAAUGAAGCAAUAGAGACUUAAACCAGUAGCCUGAAUUUACUUUUUGGAUUAUUAGUUUUCAUUUUCUAAUUAAAGAUUAUCUUAACUUCCAUUGAAAAUGGGAGCUAGAAGAUAAACAGGGGCAACCACAAGACAUUCAAACUGUCAGGAAUAGAGAGCAUGACAGUGCUCACCCUCUAACCUCUUGCCUGGUUCCCUUAGUCCCCAAGCAUGUUUAAAAACAAAACAAAGGCACAAACUAAGCAUGUUGAAUAAAUAAGCUGCUAUGGCUAUAAUAAUCAGAAAGGUGCAGAGUUUCAGAAAGGGUAGGAAAGUAGGGAAUUGCCAGUGUAGAGUAUAUAAAAUGAAAGUAUGGGGUUUGUCUGAGAAAAUUUAUGUGGCUUAAGUUAGGAUAUUUUAAAACUAGUAUCUUGGAAGUGAAUGGAAGCAAUAUGCCCGUAUUUCAGAUGUUGCAGGAUUUUCAGAUAACCAGUCAACUCUUCUGGAUGCUACUGGUACCGACCAGCCAUAAAGGUUCCCUGCAGCCAAGGAGACUGCUCCAUUUUGUGGAAACAGUGCUAAAAGUAUUGACAAAUCUGUGGUUUGGGUUCUUUUUUGUUACUGUAUUACAUAAAUGUUUUGUUUUUAAAAUUUUAUAGCCAGAGCUUUAGCCAUUUUAUUUUGCUCAGACUGCAUAAUUUGUUGCCUAAAGCUUCUGAUGCCAGGUAAACAGGAGCAGGUUUUCCCACUUUUGGAGAAAAAAAGAAGAACACUUGCCAUAUAUUUCCUUACUUGAUGAAGAAAAUAGAUCAGUUUAUUGUGGUAGCUUAAGAUUUUUGAGAAGAUUCCUGACUUUGAAAUAAACCCUGUUAAGUGCAAAUAAUCAUGACAAGUAAUAAUACAAAUGGAAUUCACAGCUGAGUGGUGUAAACAGUAGAGAAUUCAGAGUUAGACUAGAUGAUUCUCAUAGGCCCCUCCAAGGUUUCAUGUUCUAUGAUUGAAAAUUAAUUUUUCUUAAGUCAUUUUAACCUGUUUGCUCUGGGAUUUCACUCCAAAUGCCUCUGGGAAUGUUUAAGUGUAAGUGGUAACUUUCCAGGAGUUCAGAACUGAAUUAAACUUACAAUCAUUGCAGUGUUUAGUCUCCACUUAAGUACACAGGAAGUGAGAUAUCAUUUCCCAUUUGUAAAUUUUCUCCUUGCCACUUACUGAUUACAUCUGCCAACCAAUGAAACCAGUAAAGAUACAAGGAAGGAGUUUCUCUCAACUCUGUUCCCAUUAUUCCACAAAGGCACAUAGAUAAAAAACCAGGUGUCACAGAUUUCUCUAGGAACGUUUACUCCUAAACCUCCAUUAAAAUCAAAAUAGAUACCGGAAGGUUACUGACAAUUUUCAAAAGGUUUUGUCUCCCUUGGUGAUAGUAUGCCAUGCUAUCAAUUUUCCUCCCAGAGAUAAGAACAGUAUUCUGGCAAUACAUUAUCAUCAGUCCUUAAAUAACAGUAAUAGUCUUGGCACUUACCUUAAACCCACCCAUCAGAGUUGUAUUAUAUUAGAGUAUCAUUAACAUAUUUUGAUUUACUCUCCUAUAAGUACGGUUGUUGCUCACUGUUUUUACUUGCUGUUCUGUAUUUUCUUCAUUGCACCAUUAGUAUAUAAUGUUAAAAAGAAUUUCAUUGAAUAUUUAUAAAGUAUUACAAAAGGCAGCUUUUUAAUCUAUGCAUCCUUGGGAUUUCAGAAAUUUUAUUCUUUGAUGUAAAAGGGAACUGCUAUAUUGAGUUGGAAACUCUGCACCUGUGUGUGUGUGUGUGUGUGUGUAUUUUGGCAAUAAAGCAGCAUGGGCUGAGAAUGCACUGAAA